AACAAACGUGAAUAAAAAAGAAGGUUUUGAUUACAUGUUGACUUUGGAAUUAUUUAUGGUCAAUUGAAAGAGGGUAUAUUGUAACGAAUUGUAAUCUGAUCCAGAAAUUAGCUUUCUGGCAAAAUCUGCAACAGCGGGUAUGGAACAAAAGGUAGUGGAAGCAGUCCUUGGGGCUGCUGUGCAGCUUACACUUUCCAAGGUGAUUUCACUGGCUGCUGAACAAGCUAGCCUCGCAUGCGGUUUCAAAAACGACAUGAAAAAGCUUAGAGUUUUGCUAACCUUGAUUCAGGCAGUGUUACAAGAUGCAGAGGAGAAACAUGUCAGAGAUGGGUCUGUCAGGCUUUGGCUGCAGGAGCUUAGAGACGUGGCUUACGAGAUUGAUGAUGUACUCGACGAGUUUACCUAUCAAAAACUUGGGAUGAAGGCAAAAUUCCAAGAUCAGAUAAGUAGAAAGCUCUGCAAUUUGUUUACACCUUCCAUCCCUUUGCCGUAUCGUCUCAAUAUGGCCAAGAAAAUAAAAAACAUUAAUGUAUCCCUCAGUCACAUUAAUGAGCAGGCCAGUCAAUUUGGGCUCCAAAGGAGAGUUGGGGAAAUGGUUGUUUUGCCUAGAGGAAACCUAGAGACCCACUCUUUAAUUGGUGAUCCAUUUCAUGUUGUUGGAAGGGGAUAUGAUGUCUCCAAGAUUAUUAACUUGUUGGUCAAGUCCAGUACUCAACAACCACAAAUCAUCUCUGUUAUAUCAAUUGUGGGUAUGGCCGGCCUUGGGAAGACUACUCUGGCUAAACUGGUAUGCAACAGUGAGCCAAUUCAACAUCAUAUUGGUAAAAUCAUGUGGGUUUGUGUCUCUAAUGAUUUCGAUGUGGAUAGAAUUCUGGUAGAGAUGCUUGAAUCUCUUACCAAAACCCCUUGUGCAUUUAGAAAUAAGGAUACGGUACUUCGAAGAAUACAAGAAGAAUUAGGAGAGGAAAGAUAUCUUCUCAUAUUUGAUGAUGUUUGGAAUGAAAAUGUUGAAAAAUGGGAAGAUUUAAAAGGUUGUCUGCUAGGAUUUAGUAGAAAUAUAGGGAGUAAAAUCAUUGUGACAACUCGAAGUGAUAAUGUAGCAUCGGUGAUGGGAACGCAUACUGAACAUAAGCACCAUCCUAAGAAAUUAGUUGAUGAUGAAUGCUGGUCAAUAAUCAAACAAAAAGUAUUUGGGAGCUCUUCAAUACCAGAAGAAAUGGAGGUUAUUGGAAAGGAUAUCGCUAAAAAGUGCAGAGGUCUGCCAUUGGUUGCAAGGGUUAUUGGAGGAACUAUGAGCAAUAAAAGGGACAAAGAGGAGUGGUUGUCAAUCAAACAUUGUAACAUUUGGGAUUCGCUCGAAAGGAACAAUGGUAUUUUGCAUGUGCUAAAGUUAAGCUUCGAUCGCCUUCCUUCACCGUCUUUGAAGCGGUGUUUUGCAUACUGUUCAAAUUUUUCCAGGGAUGUUUACAUCGAACGGGAGCAGUUGAUUCAGCUUUGGAUGGCCAAUGGAUUUCUUGAUCCAUCCAAAGAAGGGAAUAUGGCCAUGGAGGAUAUUGGUAAUAUGCAAUUUAAAGCUCUCUUAUCAAAUUCCUUGUUCCAAGAUGUGGAAAGGGAUGCCUAUGGGAACAUUGAAGUUUGUAAGAUGCAUGAUUUAGUGCAUGAUCUUGCAGUGUUUGUAUCGAAAGAAGAAACCAAGGUUUUGUAUAACGACUCCAUGGUUGAUACUUCUUGUAUUCGACAUAUGAGCGUUGUCUUUUAUGGGGAAUCGGUGCCAACCAUUUUAGAACAUGCUGCACACAAGUUGCACUCUUUGUUUUUGAACGUCGACAUUUUUUGCAGGUUUCCAGGAAAUCUCAAAAGCUUAAGGACUCUAAAAUUAACUGGAGUUCACAUAAAAAAACUGCCAGGUUCCUUGGGCAAAUUAAAGCAUUUAAGAUUCUUUGACAUCUCAGCAACUAAUAUCACCAAACUACCAGAGUCCUUCACUCAGCUUUAUAAUUUGCAGACCUUGAGACUUUUGAAGUGUUCUCUAGAACAUCUUCCUAAAGGAAUGAGAAAUCUAGUUAGCCUGAGGCAUAUCUAUUUUGAUCUUGAAAAGUUAAUGCCAGUUGAUAUUGGACGCUUGACUUGUCUUCAAACGUUGCCAUUCUUCUUUGUGGACAUGGAAAAGGGAUGCCUGAUUAGCGAACUUGGAUGCUUAAGCCAGCUUAGAGGAAAAUUGAAGAUAUGCAGCCUUGAAGAUGUAAAAGAUAAUGCAGAAGCCAGCAGAGCAAACAUGGAAGCAAAGACCAAAUUGUACAAGCUAAAACUGAAAUGGAGCUACAAAAGAGAACGCCCCAUAAAUGAUAAGGAAGUACUGGAAGGGCUCAAGCCUUGCUCGAAUCUGAAAGGUCUAACCAUUGUGAAUUAUUGGGGAGAUGACUUACCUUCGUGGCUGUCAAGUAGUGUACAUGGUUCUAAUCUCCCAUUUCCACUCAACAAUUUGGUGAAGUUAAAACUAAUCAAUUGCAGGGAAUGCCUUAAUCUUCCAUGUCUCGGCCAAUUAUGUAAUCUAACUGUGCUUGAAAUCGAUGAAAUGAAGAAGGUGAAGAGGAUAGGUCGUGAAUUUUAUUUCAAUGGUCAGGGUGAGGCAACCACAUCAUUUCCAGCUUUGAGAAGAUUUAUCUUAGUGGAAAUGGAGAGCCUGGAAGAAUGGGUAGAUGAUUUGGAUUCAGUGAUAAUAGAGCGAGAAGGUGUGGCUGCAUUUCCUUGCCUUGAGGAGUUGAUUGUUUCCGGGUGUCCCAAGUUAAAAAGUGACCCGAUACAGAGAAAACUUCCAUCUCUUCAGGUGCUCCAAGUUUCGUAUUGCAGUGAAAUAAGUACUUUAGGGGAUGGACUAUCUGCCUCCUCUCGUCUUAAAGAAGUACAUAUCCAAGCUUGUCUGAAUUUAGGAUCUAUACCAACUAUGGAAGGGCUAUCUACGUGUCUCAAAGAGUUAAGAAUAUGCGACUGUCCGAAUUUGAGAUUCAUGCCAAGCAUACAAGGCUUCUCUUCUCUUACAGAUCUAACCAUCAAGGAUUGUGAAAGGUUGUCAUGUCUGCCUAGUGGGAUAGAAUCAUGUGCAUCUCUUGGAAAUUUGAACAUCCACAAUUGCCCCAGUCUGAGCUUUGUUCCACAAGAUGUAGGGGAACUGCGUUCUCUUAUUUUUCUAUCAAUUACAUCUUGCCAGAAGCUGACUUGCCUUCCAGGAGAGAUCCUAGGUUGCCUCACCAACCUUGAGACAUUGCAUAUAGGUGGAUUCUCAGAACAGCUUGCGGAAUUUGAAGGUCUCACUUCACUCCACCAUCUCCAUGCAUCCCUAGAAUAUUUGGAACUAUAUGGAUGGAAAAAUCUCAAGUCGAUUCCAUCUCAGCUUCAGCACCUAGCUUCCCUCAAGUCUCUUGAACUGUGGAACUUCAAUGGAGUUCAAGUAUUGCCAGAGUGGUUGGGGAACUUCUCAUCUCUUCAACGACUUCAGAUUUGGAACUGCAACAACUUGAUGCACUUUCCUUCUUUGGACGCCAUGAAACGACUAUCCAAAUUGCAGAGACUUGAAAUCAACAAGUGUCCCCAAUUAAAGGAAAAUUGCACCAAGGAGAGUGGCUCGGAAUGGCCCAAGAUCGCUCACAUUCCAAACAUUCGAAUUCAGUAAUGACUUGUUAUACCAAUCAAUGCUACAACCUCCAUUGUCUUUUACAAUUAAUGCAAUGUUACUGUACAGUUAUAUAUAUGCAAUGAUGUUGAAAUAUAUGUGUUUUAUUUUUCAUUUGUUUAAAGUGUACUUGAGAAUGCCAUAGAAUAAAAUAUCAUGUAUUUUUUUAAAAUAUGGUGUUUGGUGCAGUAUGUUGGCUGUAUAGCACGGGUGCUCAUCUAUUGUCAUAGAAAGCAUGUAAGAGAGGGAGAUAUGAAGUGCACAGGUGAUUCUAAACUAUGGUUGUACUUGUUGAUUGGUUAUUGUCAAUUUGGAUUCCAUGAUAGGGUGAAGUAAAGACUACAUAUAACCAGCACAAACGCUCUAUCAUUGGCAUAUUAUGAACAUUUAACUUUAACCAGAGUUCAUUGGAAAAAUGGGAUGAUCAAACUUUUAUAGCAAAGUUAUUAAACCAUAAAUGAUGGGUACAGCAGCAGAAAUUUUCUAAGUUUACCGGCAGUAAUACUGUGCGAUGCAAGUUUCAAGACAAUCAUGGACUGUCUUCAUGCAUGUAGGAUCUGCAAGCCAAAUUUCUCAACUCAAACUAUAAGGCCACGUUUGGUUGGAGGGAAUGGAAUAGCCAUUCCCUCCUUAUUCUUGGAUGAACAGUUAAGCUAUAGUUUGCUUCACUGUUUUCUUCAUUCGGCGAAUGGCUAUUCCUCUCCUAUUCAUUUGAUUUACCGAAUCAUCAUUCGGUGAAGGGGGCUAAGAAUAGCCUAUUCAACAACGGACGGAAUAGAAAAAUUUUCCCCCAGACAAUUUGACCCUGUAUUUGUUCACCCAUCGUUCGUCAAUUUCAUCGUUGCUGUAAAAGUGGUGCCUCCGUUGAUUCUAUCAUUGAGAACCGUCGAUUCAUCUCUGACUUGUUCCCCGCCUCCGCAAAGCUACCUCCUUUCCCUUGUGAGAACCUCUGUUCGAGAUAUUUUCUCUAAAGCAGCUGCUGCUGCACCUUGCCUCCUCUUUUUUGAUGAAUUUGAUUCCAUUGCCCCUAAAAGAGGACAUGACAACACUGGAGUAACUAAUCGAGUUGUCAAACAAUUCCUAACUGAAUUAGAUGGUGUUGAAGUUUUGACUGGUGUAUUUGUAUUUGCUGCAAUAAGGUUAGUUCUCAUGGAAUCCAAUUGUAUUAUUUUGCUAGCAUCUAUUCUUAAUCUUUAGUUAAUCCCAACAAUGUUGAGUUUGGUUCAUUAUUAUCUUCAUGUGAUCGAUUUUGACAUGAGAUGCAUACCCAAAUAAGAUAGCUUUUCAAGUAGCACCAAAUUUUAACCACAUGUAUCAGCUUUGUUAUCAGGAUUAAGUGGUCAAUGUUGGAUUUUGAUGUACAUCUGUCACUGAUUUACUCAAAAUUUAAAAAUUUUCGUAUAUUUGGAGAAAUAACUUGUAUAUACGUGUCCAAAUAUGUGUGGAACAUAAAUGAACAAUUAUAGCGUAAUGUGAUUUGCUAUAUAUAUCAAACUAGAAACUACCUUGAUCGAAUGUUUUAGUGUUACUUUCCUUUGUAAUACUUUGUUUUUGCACAUAUAAUGUAAUUGCCAUUGGCCAGUGAUGUUGAUUUAGACGCCAUAGCAUAUAUGAUAGAAGGAUUUAGCGGAGCUGAUCUCCCAGCUAUUCUCUCAGAUGCACAGUUCGCUGCGAUUCAUGAACAUUUGAGUAGCGCAAAUAGCAAUGAGCCUGGAAAAAUGCCAGCCAUAACUGAUACUGUUCUGAAGUCUAUUGCUUCCAAGGCAAGACCGUCAGCUUCAGAAGCCGAAAAAUAGAUAUUCUUCUCACGUUAGUCACUCGCUGAACUGAAUAAAAUUGAAAAUUUCCGUGCAAUCAAGGGACGCAAAAGGCAAGAGGGCAACUCAGACUUCUACUUGGUGGGAAGAGGAUGUUGAAUUGGAUGUAUCUUCCGCAUGGCAUAGUUGAGUAGUCGAAUGAUAGCUAAACACAAUGAUACAUCUCGCACGAUGAUGCACAAAAUAAAUUUUCCUUAUAGAUUUCUUUUAAACCUUUUCUUUUAUAUUUCCCUGUAACCAAGACCCUUCUUUACACGAAUUAGAGUAAGUAACAUAGAAUUUGUUUUCUGUGUUUCUUGUUAUCUCCUUGAUUCAGACACUAAUGAGGAAGAAAAGUAAAAUUAAAGUUGUUCA